AACGCGACGACCGCUACGUUUUAUACUGUGCCCAUAUGUGAAGCAAUUUGAAAAUCUACUAUAAUCUAUAUAACAAAUAUUCUGUUUCAUCAUGCGUGUAUAUUUGUUAACGCGGAUCCUUUCUUUUUCUCUCUUAACGACUGUUAUUGCUAUACAGGAAACGGAGAACGCCAGAGCCGCUAAUGAAGGGCAUGUAGUUCAUUUACGCGCAAAACGUUCAGUGUGUUACAACAGUUGGAGCAGCGAUGGGUGGUGUGAUUUCGCGUGCAACAGUGCCACUUACAAAUUCGAUGGAGGCGAUUGCUGUAAACACUCGUGCAAGUCAGCCAAAUACCUCUGUGGUUCUGGUGGAUUCGACUGCAAGACACCCAAGGUUCCUGUCUGGUUCUUGGCCCACACUAAGCUGUGUUACAAAUGGUCCCCAAGCAACAAUGGCCAGUGCGGUGCUGGCGAACCCACUGAUCUUUGCGCGAACGUCAAUGCAGCCACACAAUAUUACCGAGACGACACGGACAACAGAGGGGGAGGAUGUUUUAUGAGCUGGGCUAUCAAAUCACCUUACAGUCCAUCGUGGUUCAAGAGCGUGCAAAUCUGCUAUAGAUGGUAUCCGGAUGGUGACGGAGGUCAGUGUGGUGGUGGGGCAGCUCGCCUGCUCUGUGCUCGGGUGGGUUAUCAUACGCCGGUCUAUGUGGAUGACACUGAUAGUCGCUCAGGGGGGUGCAGAAUGUCUUGGCAACUCAAAUUGCCAUCAGUGCAUGAUGGAUGGGCAAGGAAUAUCAAGCUGUGCUACGAAUGGUAUCCAGACGGCAAUGGUGGUCAGUGUGGCGGUGGGGCUGCUCGAAAGCUUUGCGCCAAAGCUAACAACUGGACCCCUUACUACAGAGAUGACACCGACAACAGAGGGGGCGGAUGUCGCAUGAGAUGGGGUCUUUUUUACGAUCAGUAUUGAAAUACUGCUAGCUUACAUUGCAUUUUGACUUGAAUUAGGAUUAAGUUUUCUAACGUUUUGAUGUUGUUGUAAACUCUUGUAGUUAAUCUGCUUGUUAAUCUACUAUAAUCAUAUAACAUUAAUUGCCGCUGGAUAGUCGUUUAUAAUUUUUUAAC